UUGAUUGCAAGGCAUGCAAUCUCUGUCACAUACCAACUAGCAUAGCAACCACGUAGAUCUACUGCGAUUAGAAGUUUGUAUUUACCUACACAGACCGCGGAUAUAUAUAUUAUUUAAUGUUAGUUGGUACAUUGCAUCUGCGCGGUUGUCUGUAGGAAUAUAGAUCUACUACAUCGGAGAAACCAGGAUGGAGUGGCAGCCGGAUGAACAAGGUCUGCAGCAAGUGCUUCAGUUACUCAAGGAUUCCCAGUCCCCAGACACAGCAACACAGAGAGCUGUGCAAGAAAAACUGGAACAGCUUAACCAGUUUCCAGAUUUCAACAACUAUCUCAUCUUUGUUCUCACAAGCCUAAAAUCUGAAGAUGAGCCCACUCGCUCUCUGAGCGGUCUGAUUCUGAAGAACAAUGUGAAAGCUCACUACCAGAACUUCCCUCCCAAUGUGGCAGACUUCAUCAAACGAGAAUGCCUCAACAACAUCGGAGACCCUUCACCGCUUAUCAGAGCUACAAUCGGCAUUCUGAUCACGACCAUCGCCUCCAAAGGAGAGCUGCAGACCUGGCCAGAGCUGCUGCCUCAGCUCUGUAACUUGCUCAACUCGGAGGACUAUAACACCUGCGAGGGUUCUUUUGGAGCACUGCAAAAGAUCUGUGAGGAUUCAUCAGAGUUGUUGGAUAGCGAUGCUUUGAACAGACCUCUUAACAUCAUGAUCCCCAAAUUCCUCCAGUUUUUCAAACAUUGCAGCCCCAAGAUCAGGUCCCAUGCUAUAGCUUGUGUGAACCAGUUUAUCAUUGGCCGAGCUCAGGCUCUGAUGGAUAACAUCGACACCUUUAUUGAGAGUCUGUUUGCUCUGGCUGGGGACGAGGACAGUGAAGUGAGGAAGAAUGUGUGCAGGGCUCUGGUCAUGCUCCUAGAAGUCCGAAUUGACCGUCUCAUCCCUCACAUGCACAGCAUCAUCCAGUAUAUGCUCCAGCGGACGCAGGACCCAGAUGAGAACGUGGCCCUGGAGGCCUGUGAGUUCUGGCUGACACUGGCUGAACAGCCCAUCUGUAAAGAGGCCCUUUCUGGCCACUUGGUCCAACUGAUACCUAUACUGGUGAAUGGGAUGAAGUAUUCUGAAAUAGAUAUCAUUCUACUAAAGGGUGAUGUUGAAGAGGACGAGACGAUUCCAGACAGCGAGCAGGACAUCAAGCCUCGCUUCCACAAGUCCCGCACUGUCACCCUGCAGCAUGAAGGAGGGGAGGGCGAGGAGGGGGAGGACAUCGAUGAAGAUGAGGACGAUGAUGAUGACACGCUGUCUGAUUGGAACCUACGGAAGUGCUCUGCUGCCGCUCUGGAUGUUCUUGCCAACGUGUUUCGUGAGGAGUUGCUGCCUCAUCUCCUCCCCUUGCUCAAAGGCCUGCUUUUCCAUCCUGAUUGGGUCAUCAAGGAGUCCGGCAUCCUGGUGCUUGGGGCUAUUGCUGAGGGAUGUAUGCAGGGUAUGGUACCUUACUUGCCUGAGCUUAUCCCUCACCUCAUCCAGUGUUUAUGUGACAAGAAGGCCUUGGUGCGCUCCAUUGCCUGCUGGACCCUCAGUCGCUAUGCCCACUGGGUGGUCAGCCAGCCCCCUGAUGCUCACCUCAAACCCCUCAUGACGGAGCUGCUCAAACGGAUCCUGGAUGGCAACAAGAGAGUACAAGAGGCUGCAUGCAGUGCAUUUGCCACUCUGGAGGAAGAAGCAUGCACAGAGCUGGUACCAUACCUGAGCUUUAUCCUGGACACCCUGGUUUUUGCUUUUGGGAAGUACCAGCACAAAAACCUCCUCAUCCUCUAUGAUGCCAUAGGAACACUGGCAGACUCUGUGGGACACCAUCUCAACCAGCCUGAGUACAUACAAAAGCUGAUGCCUCCACUGAUAGCCAAGUGGAAUGAGUUGAAGGAUGAGGACAAAGAUCUCUUCCCUCUGCUCGAGUGUCUGUCAUCUGUUGCCACAGCGCUGCAGAGCGGCUUCCUUCCCUAUUGUGAGCCCGUCUAUCAGCGCUGUGUCACCCUGGUCCAGAAGACCCUUGCUCAGGCCAUGAUGUACAGUCAGCAGCCAGAUCAGUAUGAAGCACCCGACAAGGACUUCAUGAUUGUGGCCUUGGAUCUUUUAAGUGGCUUGGCAGAGGGACUCGGAGGCCACGUGGACACACUCGUGGCUCGCAGUAAUAUCAUGACCCUGCUUUUCCAAUGCAUGCAGUCCCAGGAUACGAUGCCCGAAGUAAGACAGAGUUCAUUUGCUCUGCUGGGUGACUUGACCAAGGCUUGCUUUCCUCAUGUCAAACCCUGUAUCGCUGAAUUCAUGCCAAUCCUCGGAACAAAUCUGAACCCAGAGUUCAUCUCCGUCUGCAACAACGCUACCUGGGCCAUAGGAGAGAUCUGCAUGCAGAUGGGAGUGGAGAUGCAGCCAUACAUUGCUAUGGUUCUGAACCAGCUGGUGGAGAUUAUUAAUCGACCCAAUACUCCCAAGACCCUGUUGGAGAACACCGCAAUCACCAUUGGCCGGCUGGGCUAUGUGUGUCCUCAGGAGGUCGCGCCCAUGUUGCCGCAGUUCAUCCGACCCUGGUGUACGUCUCUCCGAAACAUCCGAGACAACGAGGAGAAAGACUCCGCCUUCCGUGGGAUUUGCAUUAUGAUUGGCGUGAACCCUGGAGGUGUGGUGCAGGACUUCAUCUUCUUCUGUGACGCUGUGGCCUCCUGGGUCAAUCCUAAAGAUGACCUGAGAGACAUGUUCUACAAGAUCUUGCAUGGUUUUAAGGAGCAGGUUGGGGAGGAGAACUGGCAACAGUUUUCAGAGCAGUUCCCACCACUGCUGAAGGAGAGACUGGCAGCCUGCUAUGGGGUUUAGAUUCUCUACACCCACCUAAGAGGUGAGCCAGCAGGAGGAGGGUGAAUGGGAAACUCAUCCAUCUGUGUAUUGCACUGCCCUGAUCUGGGGGGAGGGAGAGGGAUGCUAUUGGCCGCUCCCCCUGAUGGACGGCCCCCACGCCCUAUGUGUUUGUCCAUAGAGGGAGGGUAGGCGGGUGGGAGGGAGGGACAGGGAGGACACCUCUAGAUUAACUAGGCAGGGACCUGACACAGAAAAACUAACUGGUAGGGACAGAUAGAGAGGGACAGAGAGAAGGAGACGGAGGAGAGACAGGAUGGGAAAGAUACCAGCAUAGAGUGAGUUCAGGGAAAGAAACGGAGGGAAUUCAGUAAUAAGGAAGGGAAAAAAGAGCCACAGAAAGGUCUGUUACUUGGCUUUGAGGACAGGGACAGCUGAGAUUUUAAUGGGAUUCUUAAACUUAAGAGUAAUUCUUGACCGACAGAGACAGACCAACGAACACAGACUCUCACACUUUAACUUGCACAUGCUGUACAUUCAGUACAUGUAACAGACUGUAGGUGGCACUAUAAUUUAGACUUUUUAAGACCUACUACAUGUAGUUAGGGACCGACAGGUGUCUAAAUUCUGUUCAUUUUCUGGGUGAUACAUUUCUUUUCCGGGGAAUAGGAUUCAGUAUAAAUUACUUCAUCCAUAGUCACUGAAACAAUACUUAACUGUAAGAUAAUCUAGCUAUCUUCAUCUGUGUUUCCUACCUUCAUUUUUGACCAGAGUGCUGCUUCACAGAGCUUUCUAUCUAUCAGACGUAUUCCUGUCACAUUUUCUACCUGAUCAAACCAGAGUAAGAGAGCAGGAGGGAAAAAAACUAAGCAUCUUUUCCUCUUGGCUUCACAGCAACCAUUCCUCUAGGAAGGGAGGAUUAGGGCUAACACAUUUGUUUUCUCUCCAGAGGGGGAGGAAAUAUUACCAAGAAAAUCACAUUUUUAGUUGUCUCUGUGCAGUUUUGUGCGUGUGAAUGUGCACGCGCGCACGUGUGUGCAUGUGCAGUUUAUAAAUCCUUACUUCGGCAUUCUGUGUUAACAGUCCGUGAAAUGUGUAUUGUUUUUGAUAUGGUACCGAGCUAAAACUUGACUCCCACCGCGAUGUCCUUUGGCACCUGUUAACUGUGACCAAGUGUGUGUGUUUGUUUGUUUGUUUUUUUGUAUGUGUGUGAAUGUGUUUGUCUACAUUCGUACUGAUAUCCAUUUGAUGCCAUAUCAAUAUCUUAAGUAAAACAGUGAUUGGCAGUGUCAUUGUGAUCUUUAUAAUGUUUUAAAACUGGUCCUUUUUUUGCUGCUACUGAUGAUUCUUGUUUUUGUUUUUGUUUUGUUUUUUUAUAUAGUGGAUUUAAAUUCGCACACUUAACACAAAAAAUGAAUUAAUGCU